ACAAUUCUUUAAAAAAAUAUUGACGUGGAUUUCGACUGCUCGCUGCUCCGAUUCCCGGACGACACGAAGCAGAGAAGAAAAAAAGCGGUGUAUUUAAGCUAGUUUCCGGCCGUUCAACCGAUGAACUUCCUCAAAAGUGGCCUCCAGACGGUGCUGGGUACGCAGGAGCCCGGCACCGCACCCAGCGGCGCGGAAACCGUCGAAAGGCUGGUGGAGCGGGUCAGCUCGUCGACGCUGCUGGACGACCGCCGGGACGCUUGCCGUGCGUUGAAAGCGCUGUCCAAGAAGUACCGGGUCGAGGUCGGAGCGCAGGGCAUGCCGGCGCUGCUGCAGGUCAUGGAGAUGGACCGGGCCGAUGCGGAGAUCGUGGGGUACUGCUUGGACACGCUGUGUCACGUCACGUCGCCGGAGCAGUUCGAGGAGGAGUCGGAGAAUCCCACGGUGACGGUCAACAUUGGGGAGCAGUUUACGGAGAUGUUUAUAAAGGCGAGCGAGAAUGUGGGGUUGGUGCUGAACUGCUUGGAGGAGUACGAUUUUAGGGUGCGUUGGUCGGCGAUUAAGCUGUUGACCAGUUUGCUGGCGAAUAAACCGAAGGAGAUUCAGGAGAUUGUGCUGGUUAGUCCGAUGGGGGUUUCUAAAUUGAUGGAUUUGCUGAUUGAUAGUCGGGAGGUGAUACGGAAUGAUGCGUUGCUGCUGUUGAUUCAGCUGACGAAGGGGAAUGCGAAUAUCCAGAAGAUUGUGGCGUUUGAGAACGCGUUUGAUCGGUUGUUUGAUGUGAUUAAGGAGGAGGGAUGUUCCGAUGGUGGCAUUGUUGUGGAAGACUGUUUGAUUUUGAUGCUUAAUUUGCUGAAGAACAACCCGAGUAAUCAACAGUUCUUUAAAGAGGGAUCCUAUAUUCAGCGCUUGGCCCCGAUGUUUGUGAUUCCACCGGAGCAGGAAGAAAUUGGGAUGACUCCGCAGAAGGUGUCCAAUUUGCUGUGCAUGUUGCAAAUAGUUCGUUCGUUGGUUAGUCCCUUGAAUCCUCAGCACGUGAUUUCUUCCUGUCAGAAAACGAUGCGCAGUUCUGGCCUAUUGGAAGCCCUCUGCAACAUCCUGAUGGGCAGUGGAGUGUCGCCGGAUAUUCUGACCGAGACUAUUAGCACCGUGGCCGAGGUGAUCCGCGGCGAUCUGAACAACCAAGAGUACUUCAACUCAGUGUUGGCUCCCAGCAAUCCACCCAGACCGGCUCUGAUCGUGCUGCUGAUGUCGAUGGUCAACGAAAAGCAACCGCUGCCGUUGCGUUGCGCGGUUCUUUACUGCUUCCAGAGCUUCCUGUAUCGCAACGAAGCCGGCCAGAACGCUCUGGUUCAAACGUUGCUACCUUCCACCGCCCAGGUGUCCUCGCUAACAUCCGGACAGCUGCUCUGCGGCGGACUUUUCAGCUCCGAUCCGCUCUCAAACUGGUUCUCGGCGGUUUCGCUGGCGCACGGCCUCCUCGAGAACCCAGCCCAAAAGGAGCAACUGCUGCGCGUUCUGCUCGCCCUCGUCGGCAGCACUCCGGUUUCGCUCCUGCAGCAGUGCACCCAGCUUCUCCAGCAGGCCAACUGCAAGUUCCAAAGCAAGGUCGCCCUGCUGAUGCUGCUCUCCGUUUGGCUCAGCCACUGCCAGCUGGCGGUCAAAACAUUCCUGACGGCGCCCGGAAGUGUCGCCUAUUUGAUCGCGCAAAUAUCGGCCAACGAGCACGACGACAACGAGUACCUCAUCCAGGGGCUGUGCGCCUUCGUGAUGGGCAUCUGCAUUCAGUUCAACGACAACAGUGUUCAGGGCAGUCAGCGCGAGGAUCUGUGCCAGCUGCUGAUCAAGCGCAUCGGGCUGGAGGUGUACAGCGCGAAGCUGGGCGAAGUGUCCAAGCACGAGAAUUACAGCCGAUCGGCGAAGCAGCCCCAAAUUAGGAUACGGUCCAGCUCGGAUUUGCUGCUGGAUUACGAGUUUUGUAAGCUGUUCAAGGCGCUGGAAUCGAUCAUCACAAAAACCGUCAACGGGUACGGUAACGGUGCGGAGAGCAUAACCGAGCUCACGCUUAGCCAGGAAGCUUCCGGGUUGGUCGGUCAAUACAAGGACAUUAUCCGGGAACAGGACAACCGACUGCAGAAGCUACAAGAACAGUUUCGAGCUGCCGAGGCGGAAACGUUACAGAUUAAGUCCCAUCUAGAACACGCGCAAAGCACAAACUCCCAGCUGAUGGAUCAGAACAUCCUGCUAAAGGCCCAGCUACAAGCCGCUUCCGACCUGCAGAAAACCCAGCAGCAGCAAUCUCCCUUCCAUCUGCUGCCGACGCAGGGCGAACAAACAAACCACCAAAUCGAGGUGCUCGAAACGCAACUCUCCGCACUCAACCUCCAGCAGCAGGAAGCCCACUCGAAGACGACCUAUCUGGAGGCGGAAAACCGUCGACUGCUGACCGAGGUCGAAGCGCUCCGACAGCGGGUGAACGCAGCGGAACGUGGCGAAGCUGAAGCCAAGGCGGACCUGGAAAAGCUGCGCCGAGACCAGGAAGACCUGCUCGAGCUGCUGACCGACCAGGAAAGCAAGAUGGGAAGCUACCGAGCGCUGCUGAAGAAGCUGGGCCACAAACUGGACGACGAUAGCGACGACGAGCAGGAACCGGAAAACAACGGCGAAGGGGAGCACAUUCCACUGCAAUAAUAUUCACCACUAGGACCAAUUGUCGAAAGGUCAUCCCCGUACUGUAAUUUAUCCACUUCAGGAAGAAAAUAUAUCUACGUUAAACAACGCGCCGCAGUAUUCGUGUGGAAGUUCUUUUGCUCUACUUCAUUGCAAACCAAACCAAGUUUUUAUGUGUAAUAAAAUGCUAAUCUAUCAA